GAUGGGUAGUGGGGAGGUUCUGUCAGCUAUUAAGUUUGAAUUUGCUACCCCCACACAGUCCAGAAUCGUGGUCUUGCGACGAGUCCCGGAGGAGACAGGAACGGGUUGGAUCUGGGUUAACACCAUUGUAGAUGGGAAUGAUCUGGUUGAUUCUGACUCCCAUCGACGGGUUUAUUUUUCAAUGGAUGUUGGGAACGAACAGCAGUCACACAUUCGGACAGACGCAACAACAUCCACCCCUGUAGUUGACGGCGGUGCAGUAACGAUUACUGUUCAACAAAGUCCACCCCUAUCACCAAUCACUGUGGAGGACUCCCACGAAGUGGAGAUGGCGAGGGAACCAACCAUAGACUGGGAUGUUUCAUUCUUUGCACAAACAGGGCGCAUUGAAGAAGAUUAUUCCAACAAUGGAGUAUAUUCAAUUUCUGGGGCAGCUAGCACGGAUCUUCACGGACAACAGAUAGUUGUCCAUCAGCUCAGCAUGAUAGAUGAUAUGGCAAGACUGUGGAGUAUGCACCCUGUCUUCUAUCUUGGGUUGUUCAGCCAAGCAGUGUCUCAAUGUCUGGCUGAUUUAAAGCCAUUGGCUGUGUACAUUCCAUCUGCUAACACAGAUCACAGGGAGGUAUGCGAUGGUACUGUUAUUAAGGCAUUGCAAGAUGCAGUUGUUCUGAUGAUCCCACGCAAUACAAAUGAACUCAUACAUUUUCGAAUUACUCACAACAUUAUGGACAGUUCAAUGAGUUCCCGUUUGGUUAUUCUCGUGCCCAACAACAGUGGAAGUGAUGUUAGCAAAGUGAAACGAGUUAAGCUUGAUGGAGAUCACUUGCACCAUUUGAAGGCGGCGAUGGAAGCGGCGUUACGGAUGAUAGACGAAGUAAGGAGUGCAAGAAAUGAAAGAAGAGAAAGGGCUGAUUUAAGACAACUACAAGACAUGGAGUUACGAGAAAGUCUUGAGGUAGACAGAAUGACUACCUCUCGCACUAGUGCAACCACCACUUCGUCGACUGCUGCACCUAGAACAGCAACCACCACUUCACCCCCGGCCCCCACCAGUGGAAACACCGCUGUACAUAGUAGAGAACUGCUAAGAGCGGCAGCCGAAGCCAGGUUGAGAAACCAAUGAUAAAUCAUGACAUUGAUAAAAUAUGAAAUUUAUUAUAGAAAAAAUGUAUUUUAUUGUUCAAAGUGGAAUUUUGUAUUAAAACUAUUAAAAUGAAA